GCUGGGGCAGACAUCUCCAUGAUUGGUCAGUUCGGUGUGGGUUUCUACUCGGCCUAUCUGGUGGCUGACAGGGUAACGGUGUAUUCCAAGCAUACAGACGAUGAGAGCUAUAUCUGGGAAUCGUCUGCUGGUGGUUCAUUCACUGUCAAAUCAGUUCCAACAAUUGACACACUCAAGCGUGGCACCAUGAUCGUUCUGCACAUGAAGGAAGACCAGGUGGAGUACACGGAGGAGAAGCGAAUCCGUGAAAUCGUCAAGAAACACAGCCAGUUCAUUGGCUACCCAAUCGCGCUUCAAGUCGAAAAAGAACGGGAGAAGGAAGUCAGCGACGACGAAGAAGAGGAAGAAAAGGAGGAAGAAAAGAAGGAAGAAGAGGCAGCUGAAGACGGGGAAGAUAAGGAAAAGCCCAAGAUUGAAGAUCUGGAGGAAGAUGAAGAGGGAGAUUCCAAAGACAAAGACAAGAAGAAGAAAAGAUCAAGCAUGAAAGAGAAGUACACAGAGAACGAGGUGUUGAACAAAACCAAGCCGCUGUGGACCAGGAAUCCAGAUGACAUCAGUCCCGAGGAGUAUGGCGAGUUCUACAAGAGCCUGACCAACGAUUGGGAGGACCAUCUGGCUGUCAAGCACUUCUCUGUUGAGGGACAGCUCGAGUUCCGUGCUCUCCUCUUUGUGCCCAAGAGGGCGCCCUUUGACAUGUUUGAGAACAAGAAGAAAAAGAACAACAUCAAGUUGUACGUGCGCAGGGUGUUCAUCAUGGACAACUGUGAAGACAUCAUUCCCGAGUACCUCAACUUCGUCAAGGGUGUGGUGGACUCGGAGGAUCUUCCCCUCAACAUCUCCCGUGAGACGCUCCAGCAGAGCAAGAUCCUCAAGGUCAUCCGCAAGAAUGUCAAGAAGUGCAUGGAGCUCUUCAUAGAGUUUGCCGAAGAGAAGGACGACUUCAAGAAGUUUUAUGAGCAGUUCAGCAAGAACCUGAAGCUCGGUAUUCACGAGGAUUCCCAGAACCGGACCAAGUUGGCCAACUUCCUGCGCUACCACACAUCUCACUCCGGCGACGAGAUGAGUUCGCUGAAGGAAUACGUUUCUCGCAUGAAGGAAAACCAGACGCAGAUCUAUUACAUCACAGGUGAAUCAAGAGACCAGGUUGCCAACUCGUCGUUCGUUGAGGGCGUCAAGAAGCGUGGCUUUGAGGUCCUGUACAUGACAGAGCCCAUCGACGAGUACUGUGUACAGCAGCUGAAGGAGUACGAGGGCAAGACGCUGGUCUCCAUCACCAAGGAGGGCCUGGAGCUUCCCGAGGACGAGGAAGAGAAGAAGAAGAGGAGGAACUCAAAGCCAAGUUUAGACCUGUGCAAGGUCAUGAAGGACAUCCUGGACAAGAAGGUGGAAAAGGUGGUUGUGUCCAACAGGUUAGUGGUGUCACCCUGCUGCAUCGUGACCAGCCAGUACGGCUGGACAGCCAACAUGGAGCGCAUCAUGAAAGCCCAGGCCCUGCGCGACACCAGCACCAUGGGCUACAUGGCAGCCAAGAAGCACCUGGAGAUCAACCCCACCCACUCCAUCAUGGAGACGCUGCGACAGAAGGCGGACGCAGACAAGAACGACAAGUCGGUCAAGGACCUGGUCAUGCUGCUGUUUGAGACCUCCUUGCUGUCAUCAGGUUUCUCCCUGGAGGACCCACAGACGCACGCCGGCCGCAUCCACAGAAUGAUCAAGCUGGGUCUAGGUAUCGAUGAAGAUGAUGCCGCAGUAGUCGAAGAAAUGCCCGAGCAGAUGCCACCUCUUGAAGGAGCAGACGAUGACGCGUCUCGCAUGGAGGAAGUGGACUAA